AAACAAAAAUGGCAGACACAGCAGUCGCAACUCCCGCCGACAAGAAGGCACCUCCCAAGUUCAAGCAGAGGACCGCUCGUACCUUCAAGAGCAAGGCCCCCAAACCAGGCCAGAAGGGAUUCGGGGACGACAUCCCCGGGAUGGAGGGUCUUGGCACAGACAUCACAGUGGUGUGUCCAUGGGAAGCCUUCGGCGACAUGGAGCUCAGCGACCUGGCCAAAUAUGGCAUCGUCUAG